GACGAGAAACUACUAAAGUUCCUGGGGAAGCAAAGUAGAAUUUCGUAAGAACAAAAUGGAUGGCGAGAAGAAAACCUACGGUGGCUGUGAAGGCCCUGAUGCCGUGUAUGUCAAAUUGAUAUUAUCUGAUGGCCAUGAAUUUAUUGUCAAAAAAGAACGUGCAUUAACAUCGGGCACGAUAAAAGCCAUGUUGAGUGGCCCAGGUCAAUUUGCUGAGAAGGAAGCCGAUGAGGUCCAUUUUAGAGAGAUCCCUUCACAUGUGCUAUCAAAAGUAUAUGCAUUAUGCAUGUAUUUUAUGUACAAGGUUUGCUACACUAACAGCUCCACCGAGAUUCCCGAAUUCCCAGUUGCGCCUGAAAUUGCACUAGAACUGCUGAUGGCUGCGAACUUCCUAGAUUGUUAA